AUGAACGCCACGUGGUUCGCCGACGGCCCGAUACGAUAUAAUCCAGAGAUCGGUCUACCAGAAUACCAUAUCAUAUCACUAGAACAUGACUAUUGCAAUGGCGUCUUUCACUAUACGAUCACGCCAAACUCGUCCAGAGUCGGCGACUUCAGCUGUUUAUUAGGAAUGAUCAAUUUGAAACGUGCAAUCGGUUUUCAUUUAGUACAGAGUUACAUCCCCACUGGGUUGAUCGUAGCGAUUUCGUGGGUAUCGUUCUGGAUUGACCGGCGAGCGGUUCCAGCUCGGGUAUCGUUAUCGUUCACAACUUUGCUAACGCUUAGCACUCAGGGAAAUGGCAUCAGAUACGCAUUGCCUCCCGUCUCGUACGCGAAGGCUAUCGAUUAUUUCUAUGGAGGUGAGUCAUUAGUGUGUAUGCUCUUCAUAUUUGGUGUCCUACUGGAGUUCGCCAUGGUGAACAGUUAUAUGCGACGUGCUAAUAAAUAUAACAUUAUGGCAGAAAAACUGCAAGCCGGUUAUGGCCACAAACAUGCAAUUUCAACGGCCGAAUAUGACUCCGAAUACGAUGAGGGUCCGCUAUCGAUAAAGCAGAACUUUGGCAAGAAUUCCACUAGUCUGAUGUACAAGGCGUUACGGUACUCGCGAAGGGCACUGGCAAUCGAUAAAGCGGCUCGGUUUGCAUUUCCA